GAAAACGUUUCUACCUCUAACGAAACGGGUUGAAGACUUGAAGUUCAACUACCUGAGGGAUCUCCCUCUCCUCUGGCUCUGACAGACUCACACACAGAGACAGCCAUGGCUUCCUCUCCCUCCCUACUCUUCGCAGCCGCCAUAACGGCCCUCACUUUGCUCUCCGCACAGUCCGUCAAACUACCAUUUCACCCCCGCGACGUCCUCCCUCUCCUGCCCAGACAGAUUUCAUGGCCAAUCCUCAACUCUCUGCACAGCGCGGUCGACCUCCUGCCCACUUUCGUCGGCUCGGCGUCGUCCCCCAACCACAUCGUGGAGUGGAAAGGCGCGUGCUUUUACCAAAACACAGCGUGGAUGGAGUUCCACAACAAGACUGGCAGCGAAUUCGGCGGCGGAACUCUUCAUCUCAAGGUUAGUAAGGCUCACAGUUGGACAUGUAUGGAUAUUUAUGUCUUUGCAACUCCAUAUACUGUCACAUGGGAUUACUAUUUCCUAUCUCGGGAGCAUACACUUGAGUUUAAAGAGUGGCAAGGAAAAGAUGAGUUUGAAUAUGUGAAAAACAGGGGAGUUUCUAUUUUCCUUAUGCAAGCAGGGAUGAUAGGCACCCUUGAAGCGUUGUGGGAUGUCUUCCCACUGUUUACAAAUACUGGAUGGGGUGAGAAUUCCAAUAUUGGGUUUCUCGAGAAGCACAUGGGUGCUUCCUUUCAUCAGCGUCCUCAACCUUGGGUAACAAAUAUUAGCAUUGAUGAUAUUCACUCUGGAGAUUUCCUAGCAAUAUCCAAGAUUCGUGGGCGGUGGGGUGGAUUUGAGACUCUAGAGAAGUGGGUGAGUGGAGCUUAUGCUGGUCAUUCUGCUGUUUGUUUAAAGGAUUCUGAAGGAAAGCUAUGGGUUGGAGAAUCAGGACACGAAAAUGAGAAGGGAGAAGAUAUUAUUGCUGUGCUGCCAUGGGAUGAGUGGUGGGAAUUUGAGCUAAAUAAAGAUGAUUCCAAUCCUCAUAUUGCAUUGCUUCCCUUGCAUCCUGAUAUACGAGCAAAGUUUAAUGAGACUGCUGCCUGGGAGUAUGCAAGGAGCAUGGAAGGCCAGCCUUAUGGUUAUCAUAACAUGAUAUUCAGCUGGAUAGAUACUAUAGAAGACAACUAUCCACCCCCUUUGGAUGCUCACCUGGUGGCUUCCGUUAUGACUGUUUGGAAUCGAAUACAGCCUGCAUAUGCUGCAAACAUGUGGAAUGAAGCAUUGAACAAGAGACUUGGAACACAGAACCUUAGUUUUCCCGAUAUUCUAGUUGAAGUUGAAAAGAGUGGAUCUUCUUUUGAUCGACUGCUGACAAUUCCCGAACAGGAUGAUUGGGUAUACAGUGAUGGGAAGUCAACAUCGUGUGUGGCCUUCAUUCUUGAAAUGUAUAAGGAGGCAGGACUGUUUGAUCCAAUUGCAAGUUCUAUCCAGGUCACUGAAUUUACGAUAAAAGAUGCUUACAUGCUCAAUUUCUUUGAAAACAAUUCAAGCCGCCUGCCAAAGUGGUGCAAUGAUGGGGACACUGUGAAGCUUCCCUUCUGUCAAAUUAAAGGGAAGUAUCGAAUGGAAUUACCCUUAUACAACACUAUGGAACCGUACCCCCAUAUGAACGAAAGGUGCCCAUCACUGCCCCCUAAGUACUCCCGGCCGCGGAAUUGCUAAGUCUUCAAUUUGUUGCGUUUACAAAUUUGUUACGCCUGUGGUCAAAGUCAUUCUCGUUUCUUGUAAGUAUGUUCAUCUGUCGGGGUACAAAUGGAGGCAGUGUUAGUUUUCCAAUUGCUAUACAAUGUAGAUGAUAAAUGGACUACGAAUCUGAAUGUGAAGGGGUGUUGCAUUUCUUCAUUUUCCAGAACGUGUUUGUUCGUUUUCUUCGUAUUGUCAUUCCGAACAGCUCUGUAAUUGGGUGCCACAACAUUAUUGAUGAGAACAGAUGACUUUGUGCAA